AUGUCGAUAAUAUGCAUUGUUGCUCUGCUCUUUGGCUCUGCUGAUGCCUUCCCUAGACCUCUUGGUGCCUUCCCACGGCAUUCAUCACGGACUCGGCUGAGAGCAUCUGUCGGCAACGAUAAAGGCGACGACGAUGACUACAGUACCUUUUCCUGUUGGGUUCCUACUCGCAUAUCCCGAGAGGAAGGAGAGAGAAUAAUGGAUGGAACCAUUCUUCCUGGGAAAGAAUACGAUUUACGGAUCUGUUUUGGACGGGACGCACAGGACUUGGAAUCCUCCACUCUAGUGGCGGCCCAGGAUCCUCGCAUGAAAUAUACGUACGGCGAAUUCCCUUUGAGAAGUACCGAUCAACUGGUGGAUUUGGCACUGUCCCAUUAUCGUCAUCAGCCGAAAAAAAUCCCAAAAAGUGUCACCAUGAUCGAUCUGGGAUCUGGAUGUGGACGGCUGGUCCUGUACUGGGCAUUGACUCGAGGCUACGACGACGACAGUGAUACCCAGUGGAACAUGCAUGGGAUUGAAAUAAGUGAUAUACUUCACGAUGAAGCGCUGCGGGCUUGCUUGUCCGGUCUAGAUCAUGGUUGGUUUCAACUCCAGCCACAACGGCAGCAGCAACAGCAACCAGCAACCUUGCCAUACAACAACCUGCCACAUCUUGCCUCUGCUACACAACAACAUUCGCCACAAAAACUUAAUCAAUUCACUCUCCAUUUGGGUCCGGCCGAAGAAUUUGCCUCGCUGUUUCAGCAAGCCGAUAUUGUGUUUGCGUAUUCCACCGUGUGGGAUACAGCCGGGUUUUCCGAGCAACUGGGUGCCAUUGUCAUGAGUCGAGAAUGGAACGAACUGUUGAGCCAAACAUGUCGGCCGGGCACCAUUGUCAUUACGACCGAUCGGUGUCUCGAUCCCAUGUAUGGCUGGAAAUUACUGGAUCGAUUGGAUGUAGACAAUCGUGAAGUCAUGGGAAGCACGGGGUAUAUUCAAAUACUGGAGCCAUAG